AUGGCAGAUGGUACCUACAGGUUCCAGCAGCCUGGGGCCGGGCCGUUCUCUUUCCAAACACAACCUCACUCUCAUCAACGACACGGCAUCCAGAACGGCACCAAUUCCCCGGUUCGCCUAAAGCUGAAUCACGACACUCCCUCCCCUUCACGCUCUCCUCCAAUUAACCAAAGUGCUGCUUUAAAUCCAUUCGCCAUGUAUCAGAGUCAACAACACCAUAUGUUGAUGAAUGGCGCUCAUCAUCAGCACCAACCCCAUCAACGAUUUGGGACCAUUUCAAAUGUGGGCAUGUCGGUCACAACAAACAAGUUUCAGUCCCAAGCUCAAAUCCACACACAACAAACAAUCCACACCUCUCACCAAGCCACACACCCUUUCCCUCCUCAACACCCCCACUUCAACCAAACUCAUCAGAACGGCGCACCUGCUAUGGUUGAUGACGAUAUGGACGAAACCAUUACCGAACACUGGCAACAGCAGCUUCAGCUUUAUGCUGAGUCGAGGCAGGCCAACUCACCCCACUACUACGCCCGGAUAACAGCCCACCAAGCCAAAGGAGUUCAGCUCAUGUCUAGCCAAUCCGACGCCAACGAGACCACGACCGACGCACGAACCGGAGCUCCAGUUUCUAAGCCAGCUUCACGACAAGGAUGGAAUGCGCUUGACUUUGGAGGGCAGGGCCUGCGGGCCAUUUCCCCCUCACUAUUUGGAUACACCUUCCUUGAGAAACUGUACCUGAAUCACAACAAGUUGAAGCAAAUUCCCGCUGAAAUUGGCCAGCUUCGCAAGUUGACUCAUCUCGAUCUUUCCGGCAAUGAGUUGACCGAGGUCCCCGAAGAAAUUGGAAUGUUGACAAGCCUCAAGAAGCUUUACCUCUUCGACAACAAUAUUCGGACUCUCCCUUAUGAGAUGGGCUACCUCUAUCGGUUGGAAACAUUGGGUAUCGAAGGCAAUCCCUUCAGCGAGGUCCUCAAGUCUCACAUCAUGAAGGAUGGUACGAAGGCGCUGAUCAAAUAUCUGAAAGAAGAGAUGCCAGUUCACUUGCCUCCUCCUGAUCGGGACUGGGUCAUUCUAGACGAUACAGGCAACAGCCCGAAUGAAAAGAUCACAGUCGUCUCCUACAACACCCUCUGUGACUCCUCCGCAACCGCCUCUCACUACGGAUAUGUCCCCCUACGUGUGCUCUCUUGGGAGUUCCGUCGCGAGCUCAUCCUUAACGAACUACGAUCUCACAACUCGGAUAUUGUCUGCCUGCAAGAGGUUGAUCAAGGCAGUUACAACAGCUUCUAUCGGGAGCAACUCGCCUACAAUGACUACAAGGGAGUCUAUUCGCCUCGAGGUCGUGCCAUGGGAAUGCAAGAGGAAGAUGCGAAGGUCAUUGACGGAUGCGCCACAUUCUUCAAGGGAAGCAAGUACGUUCUGUUGGACAAGCAGGUGAUCAACUUUGGUCAAAUUGCCGUGCGUCGCCCAGAUGCUAAAGGCCAAGAUGACAUUUACAAUCGCCUGUGGCAGAAGGAUCACAUUGCGGUUGUUGUUUUCCUGGAGAACCGACAGACUGGAGCGCGGUUCAUUGUUGUGAAUGCCCAUCUUUAUUGGGACCCGGCGUUCAAGGAUGUGAAGCUUAUCCAGACUGCCAUUCUGAUGGAGGAGCUCACUAAGCUGUCCGACAAGUACGCCAAGAUGGGAGCCUGCAAUGACAAGACUGCAUUCCGUUUCUCUGAGGCAGAGGACGGAGCCGAAAAAGCCCCUGAAGUUGAGUGUGCGCCAUCCAUGGAGUAUGCUAGCGGUGAUCAGAUUCCUGUCCUUAUGUGCGGUGAUUUCAACUCGUCGCCUCUUUCCGCCGCCUACAAUGUCAUUGCAGAUGGACGUCUUGACCAGGGACACCCUGAGCUUCAGAAUCGUCUUUACGGCAAUAUCAGUAAGAAUGGUAUGACACACCCAUUCAAGCUCAAGUCGGCUUAUGACGCCAUUGGGGAACUCAGUUUCACCAACUACACUCCUGAUUUCAGUGACAUUCUUGAUUACGUCUGGUACUCUUCCAACACACUCUACGUAUCGGCUUUGCUGGGUGAGGUGGAUAAAGAAUACCUUCGCCGGGUACCUGGCUUCCCCAAUUUUCAUUUUCCAAGUGAUCAUAUCGCAUUGUUCGCGGAGUUUACACUUAAAGGGAAGAAGGGUAAGGUUGUUGAGGCAGAUUUUGGGCCUCAGCGACACUGA